CUUUACAACGUUGGUACAGUUCGAUCAAUUUAUCAGCAGCAUGGCGUCCAUGAGGAGAGUUCUGUCCCAAGAAGCGGCAACUAUGCGCUUCGAGACAAGUGAAAGUGUUGAUGUAACACCAACAUUCGAUGCAAUGAACUUGCGGGAAGAUCUUUUGAAGGGAAUUUAUGCUUACGGUUUUGAGAAGCCCUCAGCCAUUCAACAAAGAGCCAUCAAGCCUGUAGUGAACGGUCGUGAUGUCAUUGCACAAGCCCAGUCUGGUACAGGGAAGACUGCCACGUUCUCUGUCUCAGUCCUGCAGUGCUUAGACACCCAGGUUCGAGAAACACAAGCACUCAUUUUGUCGCCGACCCGUGAACUGGCCGUACAGAUUCAGAAGGUGAUAUUGGCCCUGGGUGACUACAUGAGUGUGCUGUGCCACGCCUGCAUUGGAGGCACAAGUAUUGGUGAAGACAUCCGCAAGCUGGACUUUGGCCAACACGUGGUCUCAGGAACACCCGGCAGAGUCUUUGACAUGAUAAAGAGACGAAACCUCCGCACUCGCUCCAUUAAGAUGCUGAUCCUAGAUGAAGCGGACGAAAUGCUCAACAAAGGUUUCAAGGAGCAGAUCUACGACGUCUACCGUUACCUCCCUCCUGCCACCCAGGUCCUGCUCUUCAGUGCCACGCUGCCUCAUGAGAUCUUGGAGAUGACCACAAAGUUCAUGACAGAACCCAUCCGAAUUCUGGUCAAGCGUGAUGAGUUGACGUUGGAAGGAAUCAAGCAGUUCUUUGUCGCCGUGGACCGAGAGGAGUGGAAGUUUGACACGCUGUGUGACCUCUACGACACACUGACCAUCACGCAAGCUGUCAUCUUUUGCAAUACAAAGCGCAAGGUUGACUGGCUGACAGAGAAGAUGAGAGAGGCCAACUUCACCGUCUCCUCGAUGCAUGGCGAUAUGCCGCAGAAGGAGAGGGACGAAAUCAUGAAAGAGUUCCGGGCUGGAGCGACGCGGGUCCUAAUAACCACAGACGUUUGGGCCCGUGGAUUGGAUGUGCAACAGGUGUCUCUCGUCAUCAAUUAUGAUCUGCCAAACAACCGUGAGCUUUACAUCCAUCGGAUUGGCCGAUCGGGUCGUUAUGGUCGUAAGGGUGUUGCCAUCAACUUUGUCAAGAGUGAUGACAUCCGUAUCUUGAGGGAUAUCGAGCAGUACUACAGUACGCAGAUUGACGAAAUGCCCAUGAACGUUGCUGACUUGAUCUGAGGUAGCAAACGUGAGGUCCCUGAUGAUGUGAGAUAGCUUUUACCUUACCCCACUCCAGUAGUUCAGGUUGCCAAAUGCAUGUAACUUUUCCUGUAUCAGUUGGUAUCCUGAAGGAUGUCAUUAUUUGAAAAACCUGUCCAGCUUGGGAUGUUCUCAUCCCCCUCCCCCCUAAAGUCCCAGUUGCAUGCCUGAUGUCAAAACACGUCAUUUAUACCAGGCAUGAAAUGGGACAGAGGGGUACCUCCCCCCAACAAGUUCAAUCCCUAUACACACUCCAGCCUGGUGUUACUUAACACAU